GCGGGCGCAGUCCGCGCCGAGCCGCACGCUGCGCGCGCGUAUCCAGUUCACGGCCGCUCUAUUACCGUCCGGCUAUUUCGGCGCAGUACACUAGUGUUCAGUUUCGCGCAGGUGUCCCGCCAUGCGCGCGCGCUGAGCAUGGAGCGCCGCUGCCGGCGCGCCGACGCGCCCGACCCCAUGAAGGUGCGCCGCCGCGAGAAGCCGCGCGAGCGGUGGCUGCUAACCCGGAAAACAUGGAAGUAUAUGAGCGAUGCUGGCCGGAGACUCGUCCCGGAUGGAGCUCAGAACCGCCCGGAAGACGUGCCGAGAAUCGAGGCGUACUUCCAGGAGGUGUGCGCGAAGGAACCCAGGUUUCUCCUAUGGAGGAAAAGCUCGUAUCCAGGAGCGCUGCCCAAGCCGCGGCGAAAGAAGCGCCCGCGAGGUGGCUCGGUACGCUGCCGGUCUCCAUCCGACGAUUUACCCACGCCGGCACGCCCCACCGAGCUGUUCAUCCCUCACACUUCCGGCGGACGAUUCGAUAUCGCGAAAUUACGGCGGGACUUCUUCGCGUCCCCUUCUCCAUCGACUUCCGCGGUGCCGGUCGUCCCGACGGUCGACCCCAAGAAGCUAGACGAGGAGGACGAGAGCUCUUUAGUUGAUUUGCUGCGCAAGUACCUGAAACUAGAAGAAGACAAGGGCCCGUCGCGGCUCUCGGAUUCAGAAGAGUUAGUUAAGACUUUGAGGAGAUAUCUUAAGCGGCAUUCGGAGAACAUCCCCGCUGACUCCGACGGGGAUCCCUCUCAGCGCUCGCUGUUAGAGAACCUCAGUAGAUACUACUGCAGGUCGCCGAACAGGGACCAUAUAGUGCAGGAUCUGUUGACCGACAGGAAUCUGUUAAAAAGACUGUAUCAUGAUCUUCGUAAAACUAAGCCUUAUAGAGGCGGUAGGAACGGUGGCGGCGGCUACGGGCCGGGCGGGAGUGGGUUUGGUGCGCGUGGUGCUUUGCGUGGGACUGGGACUGGUAGGACUGAGAUUCCGUCGCGUUUGGGAAAAGUGGGUUAUGAUAGCGAUUACGAUGUGCGUUCUCCGCCGAUGUCGCCGCCGCCGCUCAUCGAAGUGUUUAGCGAAUCUUUGGAAGAUAAGAUGGUGGAUUGCGGUACGCAGACGUACCCAAUUCCUGAGGAGGUUUUGGUGGCGUUGGAGCGUGAUUUUAGAGAUCGGCAGGAAGCGGCGACAACGCCGACAAGUCCGACAAGUCCUCCACCUGAGAGGAAGCAGACACGGCGUCGCUCCAGCGUUGAUCACGACGACGUUUCUCAAUCGGUUAGCGACAAGCUUAAACGUUACUUGAAAAUGGCUCGUAAAAAGAGUGUAGACGCCGACAAAGCCGAUCGUUUCAAGCGUAUAAACUACGAUAAAAACCUGCGUAACAUUAAACCUAAGUCCCCUGGCGAGGUAGACGAUGACGGUCCUAACAAAGGUUGUCAAACGGAGGAUGCGUGGAUAUUAACCUACCGUGAUUUGCAAUUCGCGUCUGUCGCGUCGACGCCGACGUCCCCGCCGACGACUCACGGUUUCUUGUCGACGCUGCUAGGCCGCAGCGCGCCUACAGUGGCCGGUCCCGCAGGUGGUAUGCAGAAGUCGCGUUCGAGCAGCAGCGUGGUGCAGAGCGUGAGCAAGCGGCUGUGGCGGACGCGGAGUCGGUCGUCGAGCCGCGUCGCCGUCGCGGCGUGGACGCCUCAGGGCAGCUGUUCGUGGGCCGACGGCGCCGGGCGCUCGGUGCGGCUCACCGACACCUCCCUGCUCACGCUGAGCGAGGUUGAGCGACGGGCGCUACAGCAAGCUGCCUUAGCGAGGCUACAACAGCUGAAUAUAGGCACCAAUAUCAAGAUACCUGAAGAGAAUGCCGUGGCCACGACGACCAAGCCCAAGCGGAGGGCGUACCUGCUGAAGCGGAAAGCGCUCACCACCGGCUUCUUUGACCAGAAGAAUGCCGACAAGGAUAAAGAGUCGUCUACGGGCAGCGUGUUCGGCGUGUCGUUAGCGCAGUGCGUGGAAGCAGAGAGGGCGCUGCGGCGGCAGCAGCACGGAGGCUCCCGGGCGUCGUUAGCUUCCUUAGGAGCCCUUGAAAAGGGGGACGAUAGUGAAUCCUGCGAUUCCGGCGAAUGGGGUUGGUCAGGCCUUGAAGAGGCGGGAUGCGGGGGGCCGAAGAUCCCCGGCCUCGUGUCGGCCUGCCUGGCGCAUCUGCGGCGGCACGGCCUCAGGACCAUUGGUCUCUUCCGAGUGUCAGCCUCCAAAAAGAGGGUUAGACAGCUCCGUGAAGAGUGGGAGAGAGGGCAAGAAGCGGCGUUAGACGCGGCAGUGUGUCCACACGACGUCGCAACUUUACUAAAGGAAUUCCUGCGGGACCUGCCGGAUCCACUGCUCUGCAGGGACUUGUACUCUGCCUUCUUGUGUACUCAAAAAAUCCGCAACCGUCGGCUCCAAUGGGAAGCCCUCAAGCUAAUAGUCCAGCUACUUCCCGCAGCGCACAGGGACACUUUAAACGCAUUGCUGUCUUUUCUGUCGCAACUGGCUACGCAUUCUGAGGACGACAGACAGCCUGGCAACAAGAUGGAUGCCGCGAAUCUGGCCACCAUCUUUGCGCCGAAUAUACUGCAUAAUAAUAAGCCUAAUGAGGCCGCUAGUGCGGAACAGCUAUCGGAGCGGGUAGAUGUUAUCAAUGUGGUCCGACAACUAAUUGAGAGACAGGGAGAGUUGUGGACGUUGCCAGCCGAGUUGCUACAUGAAGCCUACAUCCAUCUAGCGCACAUGGCUCCAGCACAUUUGGACUCUUUGCUGCUGCGGAGAUCAGAAUGCGCGGCGGAAGCCAAGGAGUCGCUGGCGGACAGCGCGGCGCGGCGCGUGUGGUCGCGGGAACAGUUCCUGCACGGCGCCGCUGCUACCGGCGGACCUAACAUUGGAACGCCCAGUGAGAAGACGUACUCGCGCAGUCGACGGACGCGUGAAACUGCGUCGGACACAUCCUCGGGCUCCAUCUCGUCUGCUAUGACUAUUAUGACAAGAGUCAGAAGCAGUGCGGAAGAGUGCGGCAGCAGCGGCGUCAUGUGUCUCCCUUCCACCGCGCGGAGCGAAUCCGCGCCGGAUUCUAAUGACUCCGCCAGUGACUAUAACGAGACGCUGGGCGGAUCGGAUGAUGACAACUACGUGAUAACUGCAUCAUUGCAUAUCCCGGCCGCGUUCCCCUCCCCCGCGGGGGGCGGCGGAGGGGGAGGGGUAGGGGGCGGGGGGACGCACUCCCCGCGCCCCGCCGCCCCGCCCCGCCGCCGCUCCACCUCCGGCUCUGAAUCUUCAGCCAAGCGCGACUCGGCAGUGGGCUCAUCGCCAGCCUCAGCAUCGAGCGCGUCAUCACCGCCCGCGUCGCCGCCGCCGUACGCGCUGCGCGUCACAUUGACGUCCACGGGAGAAUUAAGAAGGCCGGCGGAUAUCGACCGACUUAUGUCGCUAGGAAGAGAACGCAACACAUCAGACGCACGAGCCGUCGUCCUCCGUCAACACGACGAAACCACCACCCACCAUGCCGUCACGCGAACACGCGAACCAGAGACUCAUUCUCACAAAGAAAACAAAAGAAGGCCAGAGGAACGAAGAGAAGAGAGGAGGGUAGAAGUUAAGCAGGAAAAGAAGGAAGGCACGCUCUAUAAGAGAGGGGAGCUGAUUUCGAGCGCUCGGUCGCCCCGGUCGCCGACAUGACAUAUUAUAUACGUGUUUUUAUACAUAAACGUCUAUUUAUCAUAA